AUGCAGUGCUCCCCUCAUGACAUCAAGGAACAACUCGUGAGGGCUCUCGACCAGGACCACAAUGUGGUUGAUAUGGUGGCAGUUUUGGACUGCAUCUCCAUCUUGGAAGGCUUCCCGAUCCGCCGGGAGGAUUUGGAGAAAACACGUCUCGGCCGAGUGAUCAACGAACUCCGACGGAAGACUUCGGACGUGGCCCUUCAGAAACGUGCGAAGGAUCUCGUCCGGAGCUGGCGUAAGCUUCUGCCGGAGAACCCGAACAUCUCCGCGGUCGUUCAGAAAGCCGGCCCUAUUCCCCCGUUGAGCCAUGUCCAAGCGCCACGCGUUGCUCAACUGCAACAAAGUGUCGUCUCGUCCCUCGGAGGUCGGACGACGAGUCCGGCGCUGAGCUCGUCGACCAGUCCGAUCCUACGAACUCGGAAUGGCUCGGGUUUCAAACCAGUCAGCCCCGCGAUCCCAGGAUCGCCGUCACCGUCCGCUGUUGCGCCGUUGGCCUCGCAUCCCGGAGGGACGCAAGCGACACCGGCCACGGCCGCAUCGAAGGCGCCAAAUCGGAACAGUGUUGCUAACAAACGUCUCCGGAAAGAAAGUCCGCCCAACGGAACUGUAGGAGCAGCGAAAAGAUCUCGGAUAUCGACGCCCACAACACUCGGAGCAGAAGGCGGAGCAAACACCACGACAACACCGGCGGCCACAUCGACCCCAGCGAGGACAACAUCGAAUGGUUUUGACAGUUUGCUGAACUGCAAUUCCAGUAUCAACGCAACAACAGGAGCGGCAGCGACGCCGAUCGGUUCCGCUGCCGCUGCGGCACCAGCGACGGGCAUACCAAGCGGCAACAGUGCAUUUGAAAGUUUAGUGAGACCGGAUUCCCGAACCGGCAGCGUACACUCGGACGACGCGACAAGCAACGGGGGUUUUUCCUCUUCGACGCCUCGAAUAGUUCCUAAGGUGAAGACGACCCAACAGCUGAUCGACGAGUUGAAAGCGAAAUCGGGCAUCAACGUGUCGAUCGAUGGCGUCGUCAAGGAGUCGGCCCCGCCUAAGCGAAGCGCCGUCACUCCGGUCGUCUCCUCCACGACGAAGGGAAAACGCGGCCGACCGUCGCUCCACGGGAACGCUGCCGCCUCCCGCGUCGAUUCCCCGACCGGAGCAACGAAUCACAACUCGACCGGAGUGCACGGCUCGCGGCAAGCCGCCAUGAACAACGCGAAUUUCAACAAACUCCUCGCGAACGAUGCGCGCGAACUGUCGAAAACGAAAAGCGAGCUCAUGGACCGAUUCCUGCAGUCGUCGCCGCAGUCGCAGAGCGACGAAAGCAACCACCAGGAAAACGGGCACAUGAACGGCCUCACGAACGGUUCGAAUGGUCGGCUCGGCUCUGGGAACGGUCCCAGUGUCCCGGCAGCGAACCCGGCAGCUGCAUCGUCGUCGGCGGCGGCUGGAGCCCCGAUGAUGAACGUCGUUGACGUCGAGGAGGACAUUCGGAGAAUUAUGGCGCAGCUCCCGCCCAUAACGAACAGUGCAGAGCUCCUGCGCGAGUUCGAGGAGUCGAAAGAUCAGGAACGCUUGUUCCCACCCCGAACCUCUGCUCCCACGGAGGAGGAGGUUGAACGGAUCUCAAAUGGCCAAUGGCCGUGUGUCAACGGGAACUAUGAUAUGGAUGGCCAGUGGCGGCCAUGGAACCAAAUGAUGAAGGCCCAGUCUGCCGGAAGCGACCCGCUACUCGUUCUGCCUUAUGUAGAUAUUGAAUGGUGA